CAGCCGCAUCCAUCAUAAGAUUAUCUGUUUCGGGGUAGGUUGGUACGGACGCCAAAGCUUGAGAGAAAAGGACUGCAAUUUAAUCGCCCAGUCGAAGAAUCCGCAACUAUUACCGCGUCUCGUCGUUUCACUUACUUCCCCUUUUCAUCACUAAUAUGAUGUUAUCAUGAGGAAUGCACAGAAGGUUUACCUGGGAUUUUUGACAGCCAAGAACUGAAUAUUAUUUCAGCACUUCCCUCCCGGACAAGCACAGUUUUUCGCGUGCAGUUUUUUGGUGAUGCGGUUUGGAUCCUAGGCUAGAAGAAGCCAGAUCCACGUUUGCCCGCCUGCAUGUUGUCAGAAAGGUUAUUGGGUGUGUAAUGUAAUGUAGCCAGGUACCUGAAUAUUGCUCUCUGUGUUCUACUACCUUCUUAUAAUUGGAUUGCACAUAAUAAGUCAAAGAUUUCUUCAUCCUCCGACCUCGGAUACUGUGGACUGGGAGGAAACAUGGGACUGCCUGCUCUGGAGUUUAGUGACUGCUAUCUGGACAGUCCCCAGUUCCGAGACAGAUUGAAGUCUCACGAACUGGAACUGGACAAGACCAAUAAGUUCAUCAAAGAGCUGAUCAAAGAUGGGAAGGCGCUCAUCCAAGCACUGAAAAAUCUGUCCACAGCCAAGAGGAAGUUUGCGGAGUCUCUCAAUGAGUUUAAGUUCCAGUGCAUAGGAGACGCAGAGACGGACGACGAGAUAUGCAUCGCAAAGUCUCUACAGGAGUUUGCUGGAGUUUUGCAGAACCUGGAGGAUGAGAGAACACGGAUGAUUGAGAAUGCCGACGAUGUGCUGAUCAUGCCACUGGAGCGGUUCAGGAAGGAGCAGAUCAGCGCUGCCAAGGAAGCCAAGAAGAAAUACGACAAAGAGACAGAGAAGUACUGUGCUGUACUGGAGAAGCACCUAAGUCUAUCAGCAAAGAAGAAAGAAGCACAUCUUCAUGAAGCCGACAGCCAGGUGGACCACGUGCGGCAGCAUUUCUACGAGGUGUCUCUGGAGUAUGUCUUCAAGGUGCAGGAGGUCCAGGAGAGGAAGAUGUUUGACUUCGUAGAGCCGUUGCUGGCAUUUCUUCAAGGGCUGUUUACUUACUAUCACCAUGGGUACGAGUUGGCCAAAGACUUCAACCACUUCAAGACAGACCUCACUAUCAGCAUUCAGAAUACACGGAACCGUUUUGAAAGCACACGGUCUGAGGUGGAGUGUCUGAUGAGGAAGAUGAAGGAGAACCCCCAUGAGCACAAGAGUAUCAGCCAUGACACCAUGGAGGGAUACCUGUUUGUACAGGAGAAACGCUCUUUCGUGUCAACCUGGGUCAAGCACUACUGCACCUACCAUCGAGAGCCCAAACGAGUCACCAUGGUCCUGUUCGACCAGAAGUCGGGUGGCAAAGUGGGGGAGGAGGAGAGCUUCACUCUGAAGUCCUGCACAAGACGGAAGACGGAUUCUAUAGAGAAGAGGUUCUGUUUCGACGUGGAGGCUGUCGACAGGCCAGGGGUGAUCACCAUGCAAGCUCUAUCGGAGGAAGACCGCAGGCUGUGGAUGGAAGCUAUGGAUGGGAGAGAACCGGUCUAUAACUUAAACAGAGACAGCCAGAGUGAAGGCCUGGCUCAGCUGGAUGUGGUUGGCUUCAACAUUGUGAAGAAGUUAAUCUACGCUGUGGAGACCAGAGGCAUUGACGAGCAGGGCCUGUACAGGAUUGUUGGAGUAAACUCCAGGGUGCAGAAACUCCUGGGUCUUGCCAUGGAUCCCAAAACCUGUGCUGACGUGGAGCUGGACAGUACAGAAUGGGAGAUCAAGACCAUCACCAGCGCAAUCAAGUACUACCUUCGAAUGCUGCCCGCGCCCCUUAUGACUUAUCAGUAUCAAAGGAGCUUCAUCAAGGCAGCCAAACUGGACAAUCAGGAGGCGAGGAUCACAGAGAUCCACAGCAUCAUCCACCGGCUCCCAGAGAAAAACCGCCAGAUGCUGGACCUGCUUACCAAACACUUGGCAAAUGUGGCCAGUCACCACCAGCAGAAUCUGAUGACUGUGGCCAACCUGGGCGUGGUGUUUGGCCCCACUCUGCUGAGGCCCCAGGAGGAGACUGUGGCCGCCAUCAUGGACAUCAAGUUCCAGAACAUUGUGGUAGAGAUCCUCAUCGAGAACCAUGAGAGGAUAUUCAAGGAUAUGCCAGUUCCGGGAGGUGGCCCGGCCAACCUACAGCUCAACCUGCAGCCUCGGAGGAAAAGCGCAGAGAGCAAAGCCCCGUCCUGCAGCGAGAGACCCCUCACCCUCUUCCACACACCCACGCACACCCAGAAAGAGGAGAAGAGGAACAGCGUGGUAGUGAACUCUACUCCAGAGCCCCAGCAGCUUCAUCCGGCCCAGGCCAAUGCCCCCCACAACAACCCAUCAGCCACCCGCUCUUCCUCCACAGCAGCGGUCAACCAUAACAGCAGCGACAGCCACGGCCACAGCUGGACCCAACGCAACAGCCUGACCAGCACUGACGGAGAUCAGGACGGGGGCCUGAUGGCCAGGCAGAACUCACAGAGCCGCCCUAACUCACUGCUGAACCCAAAGAGCCGCACCAGUAUCCCAAUGAGCCCAGCCUCACCGCGCUCCCCCUCCUGGCCGAUGUUCUCUGCAUCCUCCAGCCCCCAGCCGACCUCCUCCACCUCCAGUGACUCCUCCCCCAUCAGUGUCCCAGGCAGGAAGGCUAGGGCCCUCUACGCCUGCAAGGCGGAGCACAUCUCUGAGCUCUCGUUCAUCGCAGGGACCAUCUUUGAACAUGUUCAUCCCUCGAGGGAGCCUGGCUGGCUGGAAGGCAUCCUAGACGGCAGGAAGGGCCUGAUUCCAGAGAACUACGUGGAGUUUCUGUAGCCCUGGACCAGGACUGUACUGGACUGGGGAGACCACGCAGUUGCACUGUGCCCCUACAACUUAUUGGAAGAGUCCGGAGCACAGAGCGCUUCCUGCUGUGCAUGGUCAUGAACCUGGAAUUCAGCAGCAGACUGAUGUGUGCGCGUGCGUGCAUGCAUGAAAUGCAUUGAGUUGCUGCGACGUAGGCUCAUUCCCAUAUUCAGACAGUCCUUGUGUCAUUAAAAUGCACUGCCACUUCUUUUAGCGUCUUCUAUUAUCAGUUGGGAGGGACUUCGGAAGACGUUUUAGUUUUGGGAUACGAAAAGGGGAGAAGUUCACUCUGCAGCCCUACUUCUCUUCCAGUGUACAGUACGGUCUGUAGGAAUGAAGAUGAUUGUGUAGGGAGCUUUCAUCUCUAAAUGAUGGGGAGUGUUUUUCAGUGAAUACUGCUAUAAAUGUGAGCACUUGCUGCCUUGCCCGGCAUUCCCCUAGACAAGACAGAACACAACUGCUGUUUACCUACCUGCACAUUAUAGAGGUGGGAGCAUCCUGAAUGUCUUUGCUCCCUGUUCGACAAUUUUUUUUGCUCAGAACUACUAGGUGAAAUUGUCUCGAUAAACCUGGAAAGGAAGUUAACCGAACUGUUUUUCAUUUAGGACAAUAACAAUUUUUUUGUAUUUUUUUUUUCUUUCAUUUCUUAACAUGUAUAUAAAUGGGGAGUGUUAUGUGAAACUAGACUACUUUGUUCAUAUGUAAGCCUUGUAUUUAUAAUCAUUUUCAAAGAUGAGAUCCUGAACUGUGUUCUUUUGGGGUGUAAUAACAUUUGUAAAUACAUGACAUUUGAUAAGAUCACAUUUUUUAACUAGCAAAUUUUAUAUUUUGUAUUGUAGCAUACUAAGUUAAUUUUAGCAUCUCAGUUGCUAAAUUUGUCGUCAUUUGGUUCAUGGCCAUUGGGAGCCUUAAUAUUCUUUCUGAUCAAAUAAAUCAUGAACAAGGUUGUACAGAAUUUCAUCUAUUAAAGAUAAACAAACUGGCA